AUGGGCUGGCACUGCAUGUCCGUCCCUGGCGCACAGAGUAUGCCUGGUCUCCAUGGCUCUUCUGAGUCCGGCCUCGACCUGAGUAAGCCCCAAGGCGUGCGCAAAUUGGGUCCAAACCUCGUGCCGCGUGGUGGGAAGGGAGACAGGGUGUAGAUGCAGUUGAAGCAUCCAAUGGCGUUUACCAACGCUAUGGGUUAUAAUGUUCGACCCGGAUGUUUUAAAUGCUCAUGACAUAAAACAAGGUAUGUCUUAAUGACUAAAAAUAAAGGUAUGUUAUAAUGCUACAUAACAGAAUACCAAGGUAUGGUUAUAAUGCUACAUAACAGAAUACCAAGGUAUGGUUAUAAUGCUACAUAACAUAAUACCAAUGUAUGGUUAUAAUGCUACAUAACAUAAUACCAAGGUAUGGUUAUAAUGCUACAUAACAGAAUACCAAGGUAUGGUUAUAAUGCUACAUAACAGAAUACCAAGGUAUGGUUUUAACGACUACAUAACCGAAUACAAGGUUGGUUAUAAUGCUACAUAACAGAAUACCAAGGUAUGGUUAUAAUGCUACAUAACAGAAUACCAAGGUAUGAUUAUAAUGCUACAUAACAGAAUACCAAGGUAUGGUUUUAAUGCUACAUAACAGAAUACCAAGGUAUGGUUUUAAUGCUACAUAACAGAAUGCCAAGGUAUGGUUAUAAUGCUACAUAACAGAAUAACCAAGGUAUGGUUAUAAUGGUACAUAAACAGAAUACCAAGGUAUGGUUUAUAAGCUACCUAACAUAAUACCAAGGUAUGGUUAUAAUGCUACAAUAAUAAUACCAAGGUAUGGUUAUAAUGCUACAUAACCAUAAUACCAAAGGUAUGGUUUUAAUGCUACAUAACAGAAUACCAAGGUAUGGUUAUAAUGCUACAUAACAUAAUACCAAAGGUAUGGUUAUAAUGCUACAUAACAUAAUACCAAGGUAUGGUUAUAAUGCUACAUAACAUAAUACCAAGGUAUGGUUAUAAUGCUACAUAACAUAAUACCAAAGGUAUGGUUUUAAUGCUACAUAACAGAAUACCAAGGUAUGGUUAUAAUGCUACAUAACAUAAUACCAAGGUAUGGUUUUAAUGCUAUGAGAUCUACAGAACUCAGCUCUCUACAUGACAUCAGAGGCCGUAGUCAUAAAGCUUCUCGGAGUAGGAGUCCUCAUCUGGGAACACGUUUAGCCUUUUAGAUUGUAGUGAAGGCUAAGGGCUGGUCCUAGAUCAGCAGUGUGAAUACCUUUUAGAUUGUAGUGAAGGCUAAGGGCUGGUCCUAGAUCAGCAGUGUGAAUACCUUUUAGAUUGUAGUGAAGGCUAAGGGCUGGUCCUAGAUCAGCAGUAUGAAUACGGGCCCAGGUCAAUGUGAUCUAGAUCGAGGUUUUCAUACCUUGGUAUUGGCUGCGCUGCACUAGGGGGGUUCACUGUCCUCCUCACACUUUUUUCCACAGGAGUGUCCAAAGUGUCAUGUGACCAUUGAGAAGAACGGCGGCUGUAACCACAUGGUCUGUCGGAACCAGAACUGUCAAGCUGAGUUCUGUUGGGUCUGUCUGGGGCCCUGGGAGCCACACGGCUCGGCAUGGUGAGUAGGGAGGAACACACCAGUGUUCAUUUCAUCUACAAAAAUAGUGACAAAUAUUCAUCAAACGCUUAUUUUUCAGUGGCAUGUGAUGAGAAUAUAACUGACUAAAUAGAGCCAGAGGAAACCAAUUAAACUAAAAUGAGAGGAGACCAAAUGAUCUCUGAGACUAAAUGGACUGGACAAGAUCUGACGAGCACAAUUAAUAUUAACAGCACAGUUCUGCUCAGCACAGUUCUGCUCAGCACAGUUCUGCUCAGCACAGUUCUGCUCAGCACAGUUCUGCUCAGCACAGUUCUGCUCAGCACAGUUCUGCUCAGCAGUAGGAAGGACGUGUCCGGCAAACACAGCCUGGUGAGGACAGACAGGAAGCAGGUGAUGAGGGCAGACAGGAAGCAGGUGAUGAGGGCAGACAGGAAGCAGGUGAUGAGGGCAGAAGGACAGGAGCAGGUGAUGAGGGCAGAAGAAGCAGGUGAUGAGGGCAGACAGGAAGCAGGUGAUGAGGGCAGACAGGAAGCAGGUGAUGAGGGCAGACAGGAAGCAGGUGAUGAGGGCAGACAGGAAGCAGGUGAUGAGGGCAGACGGGAAGCAGGUGAUGAGGGCAGACGGGAAGCAGGUGAUGAGGGCAGAAGGAAGCAGGUGAUGAGGGCAGACAGGAAGCAGGUGAUGAGGGCAGACAGGCAGCAGGUGAUGAGGGCAGACAGGAAGCAGGUGAUGAGGGCAGACAGGAAGCAGGUGAUGAGGGCAGACAGGCAGCAGGUGAUGAGGGCAGACAGGAAGCAGGUGAUGAGGGCAGACAGGAAGCAGGUGAUGAGGGCAGACAGGAAGCAGGUGAUGAGGGCAGACAGGGAACGCAGGUGAUGAGGGCAGACAGGAAGCAGGUGAUUGAGGGCAGACAGGCAGCAGGUGAUGAGGGCAGACAGGGAAGGUGAUGAGGGCAGACAGGAAGCAGGUGAUGAAGGGCAGACAGGCAGCAGGUGAUGAGGGCAGACAGGAAGCAGGUGAUGAGGGCAGACAGGCAGCAGGUGAUGAAGGCAGACAGGCUGCAGGUGAUGAGGGCAGACAGGAAGCAGGUGAUGAAGGCAGACAGGAAGCAGGUGAUGAGGGCAGACAGGAAGCAGGUGAUGAGGGCAGACAGGCAGCAGGUGAUGAGGGCAGACAGGAAGCAGGUGAUGAGGGCAGACAGGCAGCAGGUGAUGAGGGCAGACAGGCAGCAGGUGAUGAGGGCAGACGGGCAGCAGGUGAUGAGGGCAGACGGGCAGCAGGUGAUGAGGGCAGACAGGAAGCAGGUGAUGAGGGCAGACAGGCAGCAGGUGAUGAGGGCAGACAGGCAGCAGGUGAUGAGGGCAGACGGGCAGCAGGUGAUGAGGGCAGACAGGAAGCAGGUGAUGAGGGGCAGACAGGCAGCAGGUGAUUAG